CUGUUCAAUGCUGAAGAAAAUCAACAGGUGAAAUAAAAUAAAAUGCGAGGAAUUGUUGUACGUUAUUAUUGGUGCGUUAGGAUAGCAUGUGGUAAGCGGAGAUCUUUGGGAGCAUGCAGCUAACCAGAUGGUGUAGGUGACAGCCUUAGUGUGUCCCCCAUUCCCGGAUAGCUUUGUUGUCUAAAAACCUAAAAUGAACCUCCAUGCUUUUUGUUCGUUCAAAUCUCUGCCAGUUGCUGAGGUGAAUAAAUGCUUGUAAAUCAUCAAUAAUUCAGUAGUAAUAAAAUGAGGAUCAAGGAUUUCAGGAAAAAUGGUUGUUUCCGAAAUUACAAUUUAUCCAGAUUUACACUGGGCUCAUCAAGUAUUUAUGAACCUUUAAAGCAUAUUGAGACUACUGGGUGCAAUGGGGACCCUGUCUUUUAUGUACAUCAGGGUCAUCUUCCGACUCACAUGAGGAGCCUUCGUCUGGCCCGCCACACUGGCCUACAGACAGACAGAUGCACCUCCUCCCCCACACGUCGUAUUCUAAUGACGGCAGCCCUCACUGCCCUCUUCUUUGUUUCUUUAUUGUGCUUCUUUCUAUCAAUACAUAUAUGGAGGACCAAAGAGGGGGAUACUACAGAGAUAACGACGCUACGUCCAGAAUUAAAUAAGACCACACCAGCUAUAAAGAUGAAUUCAGAAAGAAAAAUAAGUAAUAUUAUCUUCAAGAACAGCAUCACAAAACGUAAAACAGCUUCCCUGAAAUACAACACCAGAAAAUCUUGUGUAAACAACGCGUGCAGGAUGUAUUCAGCUUUCCAAUUUAAGGCUUCUUGUUCCCAUGGUUACUGCCAGUGUAGUGGUGACGGCUACCAAAAGCAAAAUUGUCUGCCCAAAUAUGGUGACUGCUAUAUACAGGAGGGAAAGAGAAGAUUUGUUGAUGCACUUAUCCAAGGGAAAAAGUCCACCAUGUAUUCUUGUCAAUCACCAUUAAGUAUUAACACUGAAGAAAAGAUACACGUGAUUAGUACCUUUAGUAACAGUCAGAGUGACGAGACUAUCGUGGAAAUAUUCGGAAAUUCCACGAACUUGAUCCCAGUUACAAUUGUGCUAUCCAAUUAUCAGAAAGUAAAGUGGAGAGUGAUUCUGGAAGGAGUGGUCGUCAAGAAAUUUUAUCUGAUUUCUCAUCAUAACCUUAAAAGGUCUUCAGUAGAGAUCCAAGACAGUCAGGGUGAUGCCAUAGCGCCACCUGCGGUGGAGAAGCUGUUUUCACAGGUGGGAUAUGGUGAGGACAGGUUCGGUGGACACACAGUGGACUUGUUAAAGACUAUAAAUCAGCUGAUAGGACCUGUCUCCACAUUUCACGGUGUCGCUACGGCGGACAGGUGGAGGCUCCAGUUAAACAAACUAUAGCUUUAUUUAUAAUAAACAUGAUGUUAUUCCAACAGCCAGGGAGAAAUGAUUGGAUUUUGAAUGGAAUCCUGUUGUUUAUAUGUACAAUCAAAACUGUUUUAAGUAAUAAAUAAACAAAAUACGAUUGUAAUAAGCA